CUUCAUUGACUUUACAAUUUACAAAAGUUCGUUGAGAUAAUUAUAUCACAUCAUCUAAUAUUUUGAUUUCUUAUUUUUUUCAGGUGAGGUGAAGAAAGAUGUCCACAUCUAAGCCCAAUAUAACAGUACACGAUUUUCUGAAAAUCGAGAAAAUAGGAGAAGGUACAUAUGGAGUCGUGUAUAAAGGCAAAAACAAGAAGACUGGACAACUGGUAGCCAUGAAAAGAAUAAGAUUAGAAGCAGAAGAUGAAGGUGUUCCGUCAACGGCAAUCAGAGAAAUUUCUCUCUUAAAAGAACUGAGACAUCCCAAUGUUGUUUCCCUUGAAGAUGUGAUGAUGGAAGAAAAUAGAUUGUAUUUGAUCUUUGAAUUUCUUGCUAUGGAUCUGAAGAAAUAUAUAGAUAAACUACCACCUGGCACUAACAUGGAUCCAAAAUUAGUCAAGAGUUAUCUGUAUCAAAUAAAUGAAGCUUUAUUAUUCUGUCAUCAAAGACGAGUUCUUCACAGAGAUAUGAAACCACAAAAUUUGCUUAUUAAUAGAGAUGGCCAAAUAAAGGUUGCAGAUUUUGGUCUUGGACGUGCAUUUGGAGUCCCAGUAAGAGUUUACACACAUGAAGUUGUUACUUUAUGGUACAGAGCCCCCGAAGUACUUUUAGGAUCUGCAAGAUAUACCUGUCCUAUUGAUAUUUGGUCUAUGGGAUGCAUUUUUGCAGAAAUGGCUACCAAAAAACCUCUGUUCCAGGGAGAUUCAGAAAUUGAUCAGCUCUUUAGAAUAUUCAGGAUUCUGAGAACACCCACCGAUGAUAUCUGGCCAGAAGUUUCCUCUUUUCCAAACUACAAAGCCACGUUCCCAAACUGGGUUAACUUUAACCUCGCUAGUCAAGUUAAAAGCUUAGACGACGACGGUAAAGAUUUAUUACAAGAAAUGCUGGUCUAUAAUCCAGCGAAAAGGAUAAGUGCAAAGCAAAUUGCUAGACAUCAAUACUUCCAAAAUCUCGAUUUAUCUGUAAAACCAGUGAUCCCGGAAGAUGACAAAAAGUUGAUGCACUGUAAACUAAAAAAACACAUAAGAAAAGUUCUUUCCCAUGGACUAAUUAAAAGUAUCAACGAUUAUGAAGACUUCUUACCCGUGGACUUAUUAAAACCCCAUGACAAUACGAAGACUUUUAAGUCCACGUCACUUGGAUUAAUUAAGGACACUGCCAUAAGUUUAGAUAAUUAAAAUUGUGCCAAAUUUUGUACAACGAAGAUCUCACAAUUAGUUAAAAACCGAAAAAGAUCUCGAAAUUUCUAAAUUCCGUUGGGAUACUAGGCCCAAUGGUUAAAUAGAUAUUUCUUUCUCUUCCUGCACUCGUUUUAACUUUAACACAUCAGUUUAGUGGUCUUACCAAUUUCUCAGUUUGGUUCCUACUAAAUCAAAUCAUUGCUUAAAAAAAUCUCAUAAAAUUUAAUCAUUUGUUUGCGUUUAUAUUUACUAAAACAGACCCGUAUUGUUUUGUUUUAUAUACUUCUUACAUUUUUUUUCCAGAUAAUUUCAUUCUAAUUCCAAUUAUCACAAUUUCUGUUUUCUUAUCUGUCGCAUUGUUUUCUUUAUCCUUUAUUUUUAGGAAAAUCAAUAUUGUUUAUAUUCGUUAUGAAAAAAUAAAACGACUGAGAAAUUAAGGUUUCAAUCUACACAGACAAUGUUUAGAAAUUUGUGCCAUUUAGAAAUAUAAAUUGUUUUAUAAAUAAAAAGUCCUUAAUAUUCUUCCAAUCAUUAUAACUGAUAUUUUCGUUAAUGAUAAUUUAGAGAUCUGUACAUUUUACUUUACAUCUACUAGUUAAGCUUGGCAUUUAGAAUAUACAAUUCGAAAUAAAACAUUAGAUAAUUUGCGCAUGGAACUUUCUAUAGACGGUAUAUUAUAAAUAUGAUGAUUAUUUCUUGUGUUUUUAAAUUUACACAAAAUUAAUUUCCAGUUGCUUAUAUAUAAGCGUACAUACAACAAUAUUAUUAAAGUGCUACAGUCUGUUAACACUUAGGAUAGUCUCUAAAGUUAGGAUAUCUCAAAAACCAGAGACAAUUUGGUAAUUUGGAGCUCAGAUUUGGAUUCAGCGCACGUAAAAACCUUCAGUACAGUAUAUUCUGAUCUCUGGAUCCGAGUAUUGGUUAAAUUUUGUCGGCCUGUAUAAUUGACGAAUAUUUUUAUCAAUAAAAAAAGAACCUUUUAAAUAUACACUGCUCCAAGAAAUUAACGCAAUAUUUUAAAACUUACCAUAUACAUGAAAAUAGUAACUGAAAUGAAACGCAUUUUAUUUCGUAUUACUUUACUUUGUAAAACAAACAGAUUUGGUAAUGUUAUCUCUAACCAUUUUCAAUAUUCAUAAACUUAAAACAAUAAACAACAAAAUUGCUCAUUUUAAAAAUCGAAAUUGUUCAAAUUUUUUUGCUUAAUAAGACGUAUUUCCACCCCCGCUACGAAUGACAGCUUGACAUCGAUGAUUCAUACUUGAAAAAACGGUCUUAAAAUAUUCUCAUACAGUAUUCCAAAAUUGGACAAGACGUUGUUCCAGUUUGGUUGAUUAGGAGAAUUCUGUAGACGUCUACCAAGCAAGUCUCAAAUAUUUCUUAUAGGAUUGAGAUCAGCACUAUUCCAUAAUGCCGAUUCCAACUGUCUCUAGAUAAUUUUGCAACGUGCGGUCGUGCACUAGAACAAAAUUUUAGCCAAUUGAAGGAGCAAGUGGCACAACAUGGCCUUGAAUAACGUCAACGAUAUAUUGGUAAGUCUUUAUAGUACCUGAUUCAACACCACUAAGUCUGUUUCUUUUAAAGAAACACCAUCCCAGACCAUAACCGACGAUCCACCGAAAAACAUCGUUUAUCGCGUAUUAUACUAUGCAUACCGUCGUUAUACGUGACUACGCCUAUUACAAUUAUAAAAACUGAAUCUAAUCUCAUCUGUACACAGCACUCUAUUUCAAUCAGCCUCCAACCAAUGGCCAUGAUUUCUUGCAAAUUAUAAACGCGUUCUGCAAUGAACUAUUGUCAAUGCUGGCUCUCUGGCAAUUAUACGAUUUAGCAAAUUACAUUCCUUGAGGCAUCUUCUAACCGUUUCACAGCUGAUUCGAACAUUAUGAACAUCUUUAAAUUGGGUAGUUACAAGUCAUUGUCUUAAGAUGCGGAGUCUUAAAAACAGUCUUUAAAAGGCGUUGUUAUACGAUGUCGACUUUGUUCUAGAAUGACUACCUGCCUUUCUGGAUCGUUCCAUCAUUCGUAAGACCACUGUGUGGUAUACGCCGAGCAGUUUCCCCCAAUAUCUGUAAUUCUAAUCUUUGUGAAAAACCACUAUUUGAGCACAUUCUUCAUUAGUCAAAUUUCUCGAUUCUCGAGUAAAAUAUUAGCAACAAAUAGCAAUAGUUCACACAACGACUUGAAAACAAGUAACCUGAUAAAAACAUUCCAAAAACAUGGUACAUUCAAUACAAAAAUGAAUACAAUUAAAUUUAGGACACCAAUGAAUCGCUUUUGUUUUUGUAGAUGGUACGUUAAUUUCUUGGAACAGUAUAUGCUAAACUAAAUUUUGAUUCAAAUUACCGGUUUUAACCCAGAUAUAUCUAUAUAGUUUUUAAAUAAAUAAUAUAAACUAUAGAUAUAGUUUUUUUUAUUUUUUGUAACUGUUACGGGAUUUGUAAUUAAAAGUGAUUAUUUUCUCUAUAUCUACCUACCCAGCAGAAGUUCUUUAGUCAUUAUUAAUGUGUAAUAAUGUCUUAACAAAGACAUUGUAACACAUUAAUGAUAACUAAUAUUAAAAAAAAGUUGGCGGGGUAUUAUAAGAUCUUAGACUGCGAAUCGAAAUUAAAUAUUCGAUGUGUCGAUAUGAGCAAAGAUAUUCUUCUGGUAUGUAUGUGUACUUCUUAAUAAUCACUUUUAACUAAAUACAUACACCAUCCUUUGAUCCAAUCGUGUCUUUUUUCUUCUACCAAGUUUCUUUUAAAUAUCAGGCAUUUCCGAUAAAAUUCCUUUUAUGAUUUCUACAUCUGGGUUUGUUUAGGUAUUCUUUGUAUCUUCUCUCUUUGGACGGCAACAAUUUCAGUCGUUUAGUUAAAUAUUUCUUACUCUUUCUCUCCAUUACGUCACUUUUUGCAGAUUUCAAUUAAUCGAUUUCGAAUUCUGUUCCGAUUGAUUUUUGUAUGUUUGAUUUCAUUCCAAUCCUUCGUCCCAAAUUUAAGUGCCAAGCUAGAUUUGUGAAGUAAACAAAUCUCACUUCACUAUAGAAAGCAACAAUUCAUUUAUAAUAAAAAUCUUCUAUUUUACACAAUGUAAAGAUUCCCGUCAUAUCUUCACAUGUUUAUAAAUAAAUUACGUUUUCAGUUGGUUCACAUUGUAUUAGUGCAACUGAUAAGCUAUAUAUAUUUUUAGGCUAGCUAGUAAUUAAAGCCAUGGUAGUUCUCAAAAAGACGUUAAUAUAUUUUAUUUAAGAAAGUGAUAAAAUUAAAAUAUCGUAGAAUUAAAUGUACACGAAAUGAAGAGUAAUUAAAUAACGGUGUAAGUACCAAAAACUAAACUGUGACAUUAAUAUUAAAUGAAUUUACUAGCAAAAAUAGUUUCAAAUGUUUUUCUACACGCUUUAACUAUGUCUUAGCCCUUCGGGAUAGUAUAAAAAUCAGUAACAGUUCUACUGUUUGCUAGAUCGACGUAGAUGCCGUCUUUGGUCAUUUUUCCAAUAUGAAGAAGGCUAAUCAGGUAUGUAGGUUGUAAACCUUCAAAAGAAAUCGUUUUGCUUGCAUAUCUGCAUUUUCAAGUAGCUUAAAAUUAAACAGACCUUAAAAUCUCACAAGUUUUGUACAAAAAUAUCUUUUUCGGCGGAAUCUUAGCAAGUUUCAUCAUAACCUGUUUAUUAACAUAAGAUUUACCACCACAUCUCAGUUUAUUUCGAUUAUUUACUUAACUACCUUCGCUAUUUUUCCUUUUUAUUUUAAUGUCCAUAUUUUAAAAUAUAAUACUAACUACUCUUGUAGAUGGUGGUAUAAGUAUUAAUGAUGCUACGAAGCAUUAGAACGUUGUACAUCUUAUUGGGCAGAACAGACCAAAAUUAAAGAAACAUUGAAUUUUGGCACUUACACAGUUAUUUAAUUAUAUUCAAUAAUUUUGGUUACUUUUAGAAGAAAUACAUUGUAGCUUCUUCACAUUGAAGUUGUAAAAUAGGCUGUAAAACGAUGAAAUUUCUAUAAAAUUAGAAAUCAUAGUCUAUUUGCUCUAGUUACAAUGAAAAUUACCCAAAGUUUUCAGAAUCAGCAAUCAACUUAAAAGAUUUACAUAUAUAAUUAUCUUAAAGUUGAAAUACGUCACGUCUUCUGCACGGUACUUAAAAAUAGUUUGUCCAUUGUAAUAUUUCGAAUUUAAAUAUAACCAUCAUUACUAAUCAAAAGACUUAACCGUUGUUAUUGGAAGACUGUGAUCAACAUUAUAUAUUAUUACACUUAUCCACAUGUAUAUGACAUUGUAUAUCUAAUUAGAAUAAUUUUUUACUUCAGAUAUUUUUAUAUCUUAGGCUAGACUAUUUUGUGUUUAAACAAAAUAUUUUAUUGUCUAUUAUAAGGGACCAAUUUUGCGAUUAAAAAGUUGUUUUUCUUUA